AUGUCGCGCACCGCGUCCGCGGGCACCGCGCGGGGCGUUCGCGUUCGCGCGCGCGCGCGCGGACACCGCGUCGUCGCGCGCGCGAAAGCGGACGCGCGAACGGCGUCGGCGACGCGCGCCGUGUGCGUCAUCACGGGCGGCGCGCGUGGACUCGGAUAUCACCUCGCGCGCGCGCUCGUGGCGCGCUCGUGCGCGGUCGUGCUCGCGAGUCGUGACGGCGCGCGCGCGGAGACGGCGUCGAGGACGCUGGGCGCGGCGUGUGCGUUCGCGCGGUGCGACGUGGGAGAGACGGCGGACGUGGAGGCGUUGGGACGGCGGGCGCGCGAGACGGCGGAACGCCUGGACGUCGACGUCGUGUACUGGAUAAACGCGGCGGGCGCGGUGACGAAGAACGCGCCGUUGUGUGACGUGGACGCACGAGAGAUCUCGGCGGUGGUUCGGGCGAAUUUGCUCGGUCCGUUGCUCGGGGCGAGGACGUGCGAGCGAUUGGCGAGAGAGACGUCCAAGCGCGUGGUCGUCUUCAAUUUUGGUUUCAGCGAUUGGGGGGCGAAUCUGUCGAAAUCGGCGGCGACGCACAAGUCCACGAAGACUGGAUUGAGCGCGCUCACCAAGGCGCUGAACGCGGAGGUGCGGGCGAUGUCGCCGCCGAUUCGAUGCGAGUUUCAUCAACUCUCGCCCGGUUUGGCUCUGACGCGCGUACUCUUGGGAAACGGCAACGCGAAUCCCAUCUCGAAGCGCGUGUUCAACGCGCUCGCAGAAGAACCGAGCGUGAUCGCCGAUGCCCUGGUCGAUCGCAUGCUCGCUCUUCCCGAGGGAUCGACGUCGCCCGUGGAGUAUCUCACGCCGCUCGAAGCCGCGCGGCGCAUGUUCGAUGAACUCCCGCGCAUCGUCACCGGCUCGGGCGGUCGUCAUUUCGACGCAAACGGCGAUCGCGUGCGAACAUCUAGCGACGUUAGAUACGACGACGACGGCGUCGAGCUCUUACCGUUCGAAUAG